ACAAAUUAUACAUAAAUUUGAAAAUGUUCUUAAUCAUAUCUUAGAGUGACAGAAGCUCUUUUUAACACGAUUAUUUCUGAGAUUAUUUUGUUCAUUUAGGAAAAUAGAGAAGACUUAAGUUUUGUUCUCAAACAAACUGAGGCUGCGUCCACAUGUACACGGCUAUUUUUGAAAGCGCAGCUUUGUCUCUGCAUUCGGGCCUUUCGUCCACACCUAAACAGCAGAUUGAGUCACUGAAAGUCAAAAUGAGUGGAAGUGGAGAUGGAUUUCAAACUAACCGUAACGGCCAACAGGUUAAUCCACAAUCAAUUGCAAGUGGAGAUCAGGAACCUGCUCAUCAACCAGCUAACCGAAGAGCUAACCGGCGAGCUAACCGACGAGCUAACCGACCAGCUAACCGACCAGCUAACGAAGAUAUCGGUGGACUCCGGGGCUUCACAAACGAUCUUUAUCUUGCUCUUCGUGAUAUUUAUUUGUUUCUGGAUAGGCUAAUAGCUUCAGUACUGGAACAAUAUGACAAUUACCUUUACAAUGACACUGACGCUGACGAUGACACUGACGAUGACGAUGACAAUGACAACAAUGUCAAUGUUCAAAAUAUUAAUGUAAGGGAAUUUAAUGCCAAUGCUGACAACAACGAACAGCAUGAGGAUCAUAAUGCUGUGGUUGUUGUUGGCAUUGAAAAUGAGGAUUCCGAUGAGGCAUUUGAAGACUGUGUGGAUGUUGACCAGCACAUCCCAGAAGACGACCCUCAGCCAGGUGUAUCCAGGAGGAGGUCUAGAGAGAUGGAUGAAGAAGAAGAUGUGGAACCAAACAAAAGAAUCAGAUGGAGCGAGGAGUUUUCUGAUGAUGACUCUGACUUCUUCUCUGCUUGUGACACUGAUAGCGAGAGCUGUCCUCGUGUAGGUAAUAUUGCCGAUGAGGACAUCAGUCAGCAGUCAACAGAAGAAGAACCGCAGCCUGGUGGAUCCACGAAAAGGUCCAGAGAGGAAGAUGUUGAUGAAGAAGAGCGUGAUAGCAAAAAAUCCAGGCUUGCACACUCUGAUUCGGGACCAGCUCAGCUGUGUACGACCACUCUGAGAGCAGCAGUGAUGAACUUUUUGAAGAUGCACACGAAGAGCUUGGCACCAUGA